AGGUGAGGCGCUGCGGUAGCAGCCUGGGAAAAAAAGGGGAAGAGCGAGAAGAGAGGGAGUGAGACGGAAAGAUAGUGAGGCGGCGGGGGAGGGGUGAGUGUCACCGGAGUCUGCAAAACCACCACUGAGAAGGGACACCGCGUCACCAUGCCGAAUAAAAACAAAAAAGAGAAAGAACCACCAAAAGCUGGCAAAAGUGGAAAAAGUGGCAAAGAAGGUCCAGAUAUCGCUGAUCAUGAAGUAUCUAACAAGAAAUCAAACAAUGCUCCCCCACCGGCUCCAGUAUCAAAAAUAAAGGUGCCAACUCCCCAAGCUGUUGUGAAGAAAGAGAAGCGACAAAGUUCCUCAAGAUUCAAUGUGAGCAAUAACAGAGAACUGCAGAAGCUACCAGCUCUUAAAGAUGUGCCCCCAGCAGAACAAGAAAAGCUUUUUAUCCAGAAAUUGCGGCAGUGUUGUGUUCUUUUUGACUUUGUUUCUGAUCCCCUAAGUGACCUCAAAUGGAAAGAAGUAAAGAGAGCUGCUUUGAGUGAAAUGGUAGAAUACAUAACACACAAUCGAAAUGUGAUUACGGAACCUAUUUACCCAGAAGUAGUUCACAUGUUUGCUGUGAAUAUGUUUCGGACAUUACCACCAUCAUCAAAUCCAACAGGAGCAGAAUUUGAUCCAGAAGAAGAUGAGCCAACUUUAGAAGCAGCAUGGCCACACCUGCAGCUUGUUUAUGAGUUUUUCCUGCGGUUCCUGGAAUCUCCAGAUUUCCAACCUAACGUAGCAAAGAAAUAUAUUGAUCAAAAAUUUGUUCUGCUGCUUUUGGAACUCUUUGACAGUGAAGAUCCAAGGGAAAGAGACUUUCUGAAAACAACCCUCCACAGAAUCUAUGGGAAAUUCUUAGGACUGAGAGCUUACAUAAGAAAACAGAUCAAUAAUAUAUUUUAUAGGUUUAUUUAUGAAACAGAGCAUCAUAAUGGCAUAGCAGAAUUAUUGGAGAUCCUUGGAAGUAUAAUAAAUGGAUUUGCCUUACCGCUAAAAGAAGAGCACAAAAUAUUCUUAUUGAAGGUGUUAUUACCUUUACACAAAGUGAAAUCACUCAGUGUCUACCAUCCACAGCUGGCAUAUUGUGUAGUACAGUUUUUAGAGAAGGACAGCACACUUACUGAACCAGUGGUUAUGGCAUUACUCAAAUACUGGCCCAAAACCCACAGUCCAAAAGAAGUCAUGUUUUUAAAUGAGCUAGAGGAAAUUUUAGAUGUUAUAGAGCCUUCAGAAUUUGUAAAGGUGAUGGAACCUCUCUUUCGACAGCUUGCAAAGUGUGUUUCAAGUCCACAUUUUCAGGUUGCUGAACGAGCGUUGUAUUAUUGGAAUAAUGAGUAUAUCAUGAGUUUAAUCAGUGACAAUGCAGCCAAGAUUUUGCCCAUUAUGUUUCCUUCUUUAUAUCGAAACUCAAAGACUCAUUGGAACAAGACUAUACAUGGUUUGAUAUACAAUGCCCUAAAACUUUUUAUGGAGAUGAACCAAAAAUUAUUUGAUGACUGCACUCAACAGUUCAAAGCAGAGAAGCAGAAAGAAAAGCUUAAACUGAAGGAACGAGAAGAAGCAUGGGUUAAAAUUGAAAAUCUAGCCAAAUCUAAUCCCCAGUACCCUAUGUAUACUGACACCUCUGCUCUGAACAGUCCUGUUGCAAUGGAGACAGAUGGACCCUUACUUGAAGAUGUACAGAUGUUAAAAAAGACAGUGAAAGAAGAGGCUUCUCAGGCUCUAAAAGAUCUAAAAAAGGAACGACCUCUUGUUCGACGCAAGUCAGAAUUGCCUCAGGACAUCUAUACCAUGAAAGCCUUGGAAACCCAUUGCAGAGCUGACGAAUUAAUAACACAUGAUGGGCAUUAGACUAAGACAAUUUAAAUCUUAUUUUGUGGAUUUUUUUUUCCGGAAAAACAGUUACACAGUAGAAAACAAUUACAUUUUUUUGUGCCAUACCAACCUGUUAAAUGCAGUCAAAGCUUUCUUCUACCCAGUUCUGUAGGCAAUAACUAAUUACAGUAUGCAGCUCAAGAUUAGUAGUUCAAACAAUGGUAAAAUACCCGAUUCUGUAUGCAGAACUUUUGGUUGAGUUGUAUUAAAUAGCCACAUUGCUGGCUGUUGCAAACAGGAACACCAAUUUGAUCUACUUCAUGAAAUCUACCGCUGCAUAAGGAGAGGCACGGCUGUAAUUUCCAGCCAUCUAACAGCCAUGCACAUUAUUGAUUGGUGCUUUCAAGAGACCAUGCCAUUAGUCAAAAGUACUAAUGGUUAUUUGGCCUCCUCUCAAACUAAUCGUAUGGUAUACUCGGAUUAGGGGGAACAAGCGCUUUACUUGCAUGUGCUAUAUAGAUUUCUUGGAGAGACUUUUCUGACAAUCCCAUAUAGGUUUUGUUUUACACCGUUCUGUAAAGUAUUUGCUUCAAAUGAGCCCAUUUUUAAGUCCUUCUGUGUAUAUUGAAAGCCAUAUUUUCGUCCGUCAUAAUUACUUAAGUAUUACAUUUCCAUUAUUCUAGAAGUGCACUAACACAUGGUUUAUUGCCCCAAGGUAUCUUGUUGAACUAUAAUUCAGCAAAAAGUGUUCAAAAAUUAUGUUUUUGAAAUAAAAUACUGUUUCACUGCUGACCUUUUCCCUGGGCUUUUGGAGCUUUUGGCAUUUGUUUAGGCUCAAAAAAACAUCACAGUUAAAUUAGGGAUGAUAUUCUUUAAAUAGCUGUUGCAUGAUGUCAUAAGAAAGGCAUACAGUGUAAGCUGUUCUUACAAAUGUGUAUAUUUUUGGGAUAAGACUGCUUUGUUUUGAAUUUUUAUAUAAACAUUUAGCAAUGAAUAUGGACAAAAACACUUAAGUUGAUGGCAGCCAUGAUAGUUGGAAUACAUUCAUAUUUUCUAUAUUUCUAUUUUAAAAAGCACACUUAUAAGCAGACCUUGCAGUUAUAAUGUAAAUAUGUCCUUGUUGCUGUUUAAAUUCAGAUGCUGCUAUAUUUUCAAUAAGGUUAAAUGCAUGUUCAGUCAUUUUUUUGUUUUCUGAAGGUAGCAAAAAAAAGACUGAACAAUAGUGCUGUCAUCUUUAUUUAUCUCAGGGUGGCAAGUAUUCCAGCUAUUCUGAAAAAACAUAGAUGUAUUUUUGUUUUUUUAAUUUUUUUUUGUCACACUCAGUAAAAGUAUAAUGAACUCAACUACUAAAGAUAUGUUUGAUUUUAACAUCACAAAGUUGCUUCUUGUUUUUUGUGCUUAGGUUAUUAAAAAAAAAAGAAUAUGUAAAUUAAUAUAGCAUUGUUGCUACUUGCACGAAAUGUUAAGGGUUUCUUAGUGAAAUCAAGCGAAGGUGGGAAAUAGUUCAGUAGUGAAGAAAGAAAUUAAAACAUUCAAAAUUCCCUGUGUGAAAAAAAAGAAACAUCCUGCUAAACUUGAAAAUUCAUGCUUUAUCAGUAAUAAAAUAUAGGGGUAGAGAUACCAUUACUUUUAAUGGACACUGGGUGCUCGUUUAAUUUAUGUAUAUUUGGUAUACCAUUGUUUGAACUUCCAUCUUUUGCUGACAUUGUUUUGUUUUUUAUUUUUUAUGGGGGUUUGGUCAUUCAUUUAUUUGGACAAGAUACUCUAAAGAUUUAAUCCUUAUUUUACCCAACAUAAACUUGUAUAUCAAUGUUUGGUUGAAUGUGUAAUGCUUCGCAUAUAAGAACAUCUCUGUCUAGAUUUUUUUUUUGUUUUGUUCUUUAUUGAAGAUAAACAUUCACCAAAUGAGGAAAUGCCAUGGUGUUUCUGUUUAGUACAUUUUUCCUGUAGAAAAAUGUUCUUUGAUUGUAAACCUUGGUAAAACUUCUAAGUAUCCCAUACAUUUAAAUUGAUUAUCUGUUCAUUUUUAACAUUUUAUCCAUCCUAAAUAAAAGUGUAUGACACAACAAAAUAUAUUGGAAAAGUUUGGUGAUUGUUUUUCUUAAUAAAGUUCGUGUUUGACACCUUCACAUUUUCCUGAACUUUACCUGUACAUGAGGAAUGUCAACAGUAAUCUGACGAGUGUCUUUUAGUGUGGCUUUAGUAUGGCUUCAUUUUAAUAUUGUACAUACAUUGUACCUUGUUUUAUGGUAAUAAGUAAUAAAACUUUAGACUUCAUAUUUUGUACAAAAUGGUCCUGUGUACAAAUUACCAAUGUUAGAAAGCAAAUAGGCAAAACAGUUUGCCUUUUUUUAAUAUAUAUAUAUGUAUACACACAGCAUAAAUAGCUCUAUUUAAUUAAGUUAAACUGUACAUUUUUUUGCCAUAUUGUAACUCCAUUUUCUUUUGUUAAGGCUUUCUGUAUAGAGAACCGCUACAAGCACUUGCCAUUUAAUGUGCUUUUACUUAGUUUUAAAAUUCUGAUAUCGUGUAUUAUAUGGACUUAAUAAAGAAAAGUACAUUUUA